GCCCCAAGGUCGUUCUCCCGACCCAGGGUCCCGCCCCAAGGCCGUCCUCCCGCCCCGCCGCUUGGUGGCGGCCGCAUGCUGCCCGGAUAUAAAGGGUCGGCCCCACAUCCCAGCGACCAGCGAGCGGCCUUGAGAGGCUGUGGCUCUUGCUUGUUAGGCGGCCUGAGGACGCCAUGGCCGAGUGCCCGAUGCUCGGGGAGGCAGUCACCGACCACCCGGACCGCCUGUGGGCCUGGGAGAAGUUCGUGUAUUUGGACGAGAAGCAGCGUGCCUGGCUGCCCUUAACCAUCGAGAUAAAGGAUAGGUUACAGUUACGGGUGCUCUUGCGUCAGGAAGACGUUGUCCUGGGGAGUCCUAUGACCCCCACCCAGAUAGGCCCAAGCCUGCUGCCUAUCAUGUGGCAGCUCUACCCUGAUGGACGAUACCGAUCCUCAGACUCCAGUUUCUGGCGCUUAGUGUACCACAUCAAGAUUGACGGCGUGGAGGACAUGCUUCUCGAGCUGCUGCCAGAUGACUGAUGUCUUACAGCACCUGUCUCCUUUCACCCCAGGGCCUGAGCCUGGCCAGCCUACAAUGGGGAUGUUGUGUUUCUGUUCACCUUCGUUUGCUACGCCUGUGUCUUCUCCUCUACCACGCUGGGGUCUGGGAGGAAUGGACAGACAGAGGAUGAGCUCUACCCAGGGCCUGCUGGACCUGCCUGUAGCCCACUCUGCUAGCCUUAGCACUACCACUCCUGCCAAGGAGGACUCCAUUUGGCAGAGCUUCUUCCAGGUGCCCAGCUAUACCUGUGCCUCGGCUUUUCUCAGCUGGCUGAUGGUCUUCGGCCUCUUUCUGUCCCUUCUGUCCCUCACAGCACUAGUGUUUCAUGUUGCACACCCACUCAGCUUUGUGAACUUGUGAGAACACAGCCGAUUUACCUGAGCAGGACCUCUGAAACCCUGGACCAGUGGUCUCACGUGGUGCUACGCCUGCACGUAAACACGCCUGCAAACACUGCCUGCCCACACAGGUUUAGGUGCAGCUCAAGGAAAGGCCUGAAAGGAGCCCUUAUCUGUGCUCAGGACUCAGAAGCCUCUGGGUCAGUGGUCCACAGCCCGGGACGCAGCAGGAGGCCAGGCCGGCGAGCCCUGUGGAUGAGCCCUCAGAACCCUUGGCCUGCCCACAUGGAAAAGGGAUAGAGGUUGGGUUCCCCCCUUUUAUAGAUGGUCACGCACCUGGGUGUUACGAAGUUGUAUGUGGCAUGAAUACUUUUUGUAAUGAUUGAUUAAAUGCAAGAUAGUUUAUCUA